CCAACAGCCGAUCGCCAAAAAAUAAAAAAGCAAAUCGUUCGAGAGGCAAAGCAUUUUUCGUUUCCGAAUGUUUCGUGUUGUAAAAAUGGGGUGCAGUAGUUGUUGUUCCAGUUCCGCAACGAGCUACGGUAGAAACACGCAAGCAUCGAUAUCGUCUUGAAUCUCGUCGUUCUCGUGUAUUUCGUUGUUUUCUCUCUUCGCCAGAUAUGGCACCUCGACCUCCCCUAUUUAUAAAGUACAACACGAAGACGCGCAGCUUUUUUGUUCUUUUUGCGCUCGUUUGGUUUAGAAAACGAGGCCCCUCAUCGAAGUAGAAAAUGAAAACAAAGGCAUUCCGAGGUCAUUUUGGCGCUGGUCCCCCACCGUGGAACAGCGAUGACGAAGAGGAGGAGGAAAGCAGUGGUUACUACGGCGAAUCAAGUGACGACGCCGGCGGCGGCACAACAACCGGCGUCUGUGACAUCUGCAAUAUCACUGCCUCGCAGGACAACAUCAAGCACGAACCGGUCACACAGUCGCCGUGCGGGUGUUACGCGAACGUGUGUGCCGAAUGCUUGCAAACCCUGAUGAAAACCAGAUGCAGAUUUUGCCACGACGAAGAACAAGGCUCGUGCACCGAGUGCGAGGAAGUCAUCAAUCUGGACCAGCUGUGUCCCAUGGGACCGUUUUGUCCGCUCGUCGGCGAAUUCCGUGCCCAGUUCGACAUGGAGGACUCGGAGGUGAUGUGUCUCCGCUGCGGCCAGGAGUUCCUCCUUUUCGGCUGUCUUGGCUUCCUCCACGUCGACGCGGAGAAUGGGCAGCACGUGUGCAAUGCCGUUUUUCCCGACUGUGGCCACCCCAAGUGCAAAGCCAUGGAGGACGAUCGCUUGCCGAACAAAAAUGCCUGUCCGCGCUGCAAGUUCGAACGCCGGCAGGAACAACGCAAGCGGAAGGCGGAAGAAGGGGGAGAAAGAGGGACGGACGAAUCGACGGUCGUGAAAGAGAAUGCUGCAGCGGGGCAGGAGGGGCUUCUAAAGCGGCAACGCGUAACAAACUCUCACUAGGCAGCCAACACGAACAUGUGUCAAUUUUGCUCCAUUUCUUGUCGACGCGCUUUUCGAUCUACGCCUUGAGUAAAACAAGAACAAAAAGCGCACAGCCAAAGGCGGACAAAUCGAAAUCUGAUAAAUAACUAUAACUAAAGUGAUAUGACGACGAGAUACACGUACACCGUGAUCUACCCUCUACGAAAAGUAGAUUCCUCUUUCUAUUCGUAUUCUCCUUCUUCUAUGAUUUUGCGUUAUUGUGUGAUGAGUAAUUGUAAUGAGAUGAAGUAGAAACGCCCUCGGCCUCGACGGAAAAAGUACUGAUUUAGAAGCUGAGCUUGUUUCGAUACAACAGAUGCCAAUAGCAAUACGCUGGCGAAUGAACUCCUUCUUUAGAAGGCCUGAUAGAUAGUAGCACACGGAUUGUGGUGCAGCCAGAUGAUCGCGAUCUCAUUUCUAGUGCCAAAAAGUAACCAACAUGUUUCAUGUUGAACUCGAUCUUCC